AUGGUUUUGGCCGGUCUUUCGCCGUCCACCAUUCUCGAUGUUGCUAAUAGAGCCUUAUCGUUCUGGAAUUACCAGGCCCGUCAGCAGCAGUUAUAUUUGGAGUUCAAAAUUACGGCGCUAAAUCAAGCGUUAAAAGCAUCGCAAAAUUGCCACGGGAAACCCAGAGAGCAUAUAUCGAGCCGGCAUCCAGCUUUGCCUUCUGGAGGCUUUUCGGAGGGAGCCAUCGCUUCCCUGCUGUCGCCCUCAGACGCGGGACGUAGGACCGGCAUAGAGAUGCCAAAGAACAUCCCAUUGAAUGACCACAACCUCGAGAACGUAGAGGCAUACUGGAAUGCAGCAAAAUCCCCCAAUCCGAAGGUCAGAUUUACCAGUAGGAUUGAGCCUAUUCAAGGUGUCGCUGUUGACACAAAUCGCUCUGUUGAGACCAACUGCUCUGUUGAUGCAUUUUUUUCUAAUCAACUUGAACUUGAAAACGAUACACUCAGUGAUGGCAAAUUUCCAAGUUCCUUGCCCACCUUUGAUGCAACACAGCAAGUAACUGCCUCUACAUUAUCGAUUAAUGGAGGAGAUGCCAUCCAUGUGAUUGGGGAUGAUUUUUCAAACAAGGAAAGUCUUAGUUUGGUUGACCACGCCAUUGAUAAACGUGUAGAGUUGACCACCAAUAUCGAUGAUGUCCAGUGUUUGGACGUUUCAGAAUCCUAUUUUCAACUCUCAUUUACAAGCAUCAACACGGUGGACACUCAUGACGUUGAUCCGUCUGGAUCGGCCAAAUCUAGCAAUUCUCCUCAUCCCUACACAGAGCUUCCAUUCCCAGAUUCGGAGCUUUUAUCACCAGAGACGAUUUCUACAGAGGCCAUAAUAUCCAAUACCGAGGGCCAUAUUAUUGUACCGGAAGAACAAUUUUUUGAGUAUGAGGAGCAGACCAUGUUAUCUUCUACCAACUCAGAUAGCAACGAAAAUCACUAUGAGGACAUCACGGAAGCAUCCCUGAAGCCUCAUCCUCGCCGGUCAAAUAGAAGGAAAUAUAGGCCAUUGGAGUUUUGGAAGAACGAGCGUGUUGUCUAUGGGCGUCGUGAAUCGUGCGCCAAAUUAUCGCUUCCAGCAGUUUUAGAUGUAAUUACGUACCCGGAAAUGGACGAUAGCAAAGCUUCUAACAAGCGAGUGGGCACAAAAAGAAGGAGGUUAACAUGUACUGGGGCAAUUUCUUCGGCGAGUAGAAAGAAUUUGCCGAAAAAGAAGAUUUUGUCCUUGGCUCAUAGGUUGGAGCGCCUUGGUUUUGAAGAGCAUAAGGAGGUUUCGGGCCCCGUAUUUGUUGUCAAUUCUGAUCACUCCAAAGCAGAGAUUUCUCAAAGUAACCUUUUCCAAUUCUCAUGA